ACAGUAGUGACGGCCGCGCGGGAGCGGUCACAUGACCGUAGCGGCAGCCUGUACAGUAAGAACCCAAUAUGGCAGCGGCGGUAGCAGUGGCAACGGCAGCAGGAGGACCGGCCGCCCCAUAGACCCCCCCGCGCACCACCCCCGCCGCUUCCUCUGCUUGGGUGCUCCUCCGGCCUGACUUCCCCUUUCUCCUAUCUUUCCCAGCACCGCGGGAAAAGCAGCGCAGGGCAGAGCAGGCAAGGGAGGGCGGCCGGAGCCCGGACACGGGAGCCUCCCAGUCAGUUCAAGACCCGACAUGAGGGAAAAGGGACGUAGGAAGAAGGGCAGGACCUGGGCGGAGGCCGCCAAGACGGUCUUAGAAAAAUACCCCAAUACACCCAUGAGUCAUAAAGAAAUUCUUCAAGUUAUCCAGAGAGAAGGACUAAAAGAAAUCAGAAGUGGAACCUCCCCUCUUGCAUGCCUGAAUGCAAUGCUGCACACAAACUCCAGAGGUGAAGAAGGCAUCUUCUAUAAAGUUCCAGGUAGAAUGGGAGUAUAUACUUUGAAGAAAGAUGUGCCGGAUGGGGUGAAAGAGCUAUCAGAAGGUUCAGAAGAAAGCAGUGAUGGUCAGUCAGAUUCCCAGAGUUCUGAGAACAGCAGCAGCAGCAGUGAUGGUGGCAGCAACAAGGAGGGAAAAAAGAGCAGGUGGAAAAGGAAAGUGUCGUCUAGACUGUCACAGCCAUCCUCUCCCCAGUCAGGUUGCCCAUCACCCACCAUUCCAGCAGGUAAAGUCAUUUCUCCAUCACAGAAGCACAGCAAGAAAGCACUAAAGCAGGCUCUAAAGCAGCAACAGCAGAAGAAGCAGCAGCAGCAAUGUAGGCCCAGCAUGUCCAUCUCCUCCAACCAACAUCUCUCUCUCAAGACUAUCAAAGCCACUAGCGACUCUGUACCUGCCAAACCUGCAAUAUGGGAAGGAAAGCAAUCUGAUGGACAGUCAAGCAGCAGUCCUCAGAACUCGAACUCCAGCUUUUCAUCGUCAGUUAAAGUGGAAAGUCCUUUGCUAGGCUUGGGGAAGAAAUCAUUUCAGAGGUCUGACAGACUCCACACAAGGCAAAUGAAAAGGACUAAAUGUGCUGACAUUGACGUUGAGACACCAGACUCCAUUCUGGUUAAUACAAAUCUUCGAGCGCUGAUUAACAAACACACCUUUUCAGUCCUUCCUGGAGAUUGCCAACAACGACUACUUUUACUACUCCCAGAGGUGGAUCGACAGGUUGGUCCAGAUGGUUUGAUGAAGUUAAAUGGCUCUGCUCUUAACAAUGAAUUCUUCACUUCAGCAGCCCAAGGCUGGAAGGAAAGACUCUCAGAAGGUGAAUUUACACCUGAGAUGCAGGUGAGAAUUCGACAAGAGAUUGAGAAGGAGAAAAAAGUGGAGCCAUGGAAAGAACAAUUCUUUGAAAGCUACUAUGGUCAAAGUUCUGGUCUAAGCCUUGAAGAUUCAAAGAAAUUAACAUCAUCGCCCAACGAUCUCAAAGUAAAGAAAUCUCCAGCUGAGCAACCAAAAUCCAUGCUUCCUUCAGAGGCCUCUCCUGUCAAAAUAGUCCCAGUAGUCUCCCAGUCAGAGUGUAAAGAGGCAGCAUUGCAAGUGCCAUUACCAGGCAGUAAAGAAGAGCACGAAAGCCGAGAUAAAGUGCAGCCAAACUUCUCCAAAUCCACAGAGCCCCCACUUCCCACAGCCAGCAAUACCCAUGAGCUUAGCAGCAUUCUUCCCAUCAAGUGCCGAAAAGAUGAAGGUCUAUUAGAGCAGAAGCCAGUUGCCUCUGCUGAACAGGAGUCUGAGAAAGAGAAUUAUCUCACCACAGCUUCUAGUUAUAACAGAAAUGAAAGCCAAGAAUCUUUAAUUACAUUCGCAAGCAAACCCAAGAGUCCUGGGGUGGAAAAAUCAGUAGUAAAGCCCAUCGCAGAAGCAGGUCCACAGGAGGCCACUUUGAAAGAACCUCCAGCAACUCUUGUUGAUCAGAACCCUGAAAGCCUCAAGAGGAAAUCUUCUCUGACCCAGGAAGAGGCCCCGGCGAGCUGGGAGAAGAGGCCAAGAGUCAUUGAGAAUUGCCAGUACCAGCAGCCAUUUCAGGUCUCACCACAGCCCUUUCUCAAUAGAGGGGACAGGGCCCAGGUGCGAAGAGUACCACCUCUCAAGAUCCCGGUCUCCAGAAUCUCCCCCAUGCCAUUUCAUUCAUCGCAGGUCUCUCCCAGGGCUUGUUUUCCAGUCUCCAUCACUAGUCCUAACAGAACAGGAGCCAGAACCCUUGCAGACAUCAAAGCAAAAGCCCAGCUGGUCAAAGCACAGAGGGCAGCUGCUGCAGCCGCCGCCGCAGCUGCUGCAGCCGCCUCAGUUGGAGGGACCAUUCCAGGACCUGGCCCAGGGGGUGGACAAGGUCCAGGAGAGGGUGGUGAAGGGAAAACUGCUAGAGGAGGCAGUCCAGGCUCAGACAGAGUCAAUGGAACUGGAAAAGGCCCCACACUGGAACUGGCAGGAACUGGAAGCAGGGGAGGUACGAGAGAGCUUUUACCCUGUGGUCCAGAAACUAAGCCCCAGUCUGAGACCAAGGCCACCCCAGACCAGGCACAGCCUCAUAGUGUCUCUGGAGCACAACUACAGCAAACCCCCUCAGUGCCUCCAACACCUGCCGUCAGUGGAACAUGCACAAAUGUCCCAUCACCAGCCUACAUAGAGAAAUUGGAUAAUGAGAAACUGAACUCAACCAGGGCAACAGCCACAGUGGCUUCUCUGAGCCACCCACAAGGGCCCAGUAGUAGCAGACAGGAAAAAGCAUCUUCUCCAACUCCAACAAGUCCUGCUCUAAUCUUAGGUGCCUCACCUAUUCAUUUUGUAGCUGAUGACACAGUGGAGCCCAAAGCCGGUUCCAGUAAGAAUACACCAAACUCUUCAGCCUCAGCAAAGACAGAUGCUAAUGCUCCAGUGGCUAUGACUCCCUCCCCUUUAACAUCUUUAUUGACAACAGCCACUUUAGAAAAGCUUCCUGUACCCCAAGUUAGUGUAACUAUAGCACCUACUGGAUCAGCUCCACCCUUGAGCUCUUUGCCAGCAGCUUCUAGCCUUAAAACCCCAGGAACUUCUUCAAAUAUGAAUGGACCCAUUUCAAGACCAAGCUCUAGUAUCCCUGCUAAUAAUCCUUUAGUUACUCAGCUGCUCCAGGGCAAAGAUGUUCCCAUGGAGCAAAUUCUGCCUAAACCUCUUACCAAAGUUGAAAUGAAAACUGUUCCACUGACUACAAAAGAGGAAAGGGGGAUGGGAGCACUUGCUGGUACCAACACAACAGAAAAUAGUACCAGGGAAGAAGUUAGUGAGCGACAGGCCCAUCCAGCUGCGCAACAGCUGGGUAAAACCUUACAAAGUAAGUCGCUCCCAUUUCCAAGGCCCCUUCAUCUCUUUUCAUCCAAAGAGCUAAGGGACUCCAGCAUUGACACACACCAGUACCAAGAAGGACUAAGUAAAGCAACCCAAGAUCAGAUCCUUCAGACACUCAUCCAAAAGGUUCGAAGGCAGAAUCUUCUCUCAAUUGUACCACCCUCCCAGUUCAACUUUGCUCACUCAGGUUUCCAGGUGGAAGACAUCUCCACAAGCCAGAGGUUCAUGCUGGGUUUUGCUGGCAGAAGGACAUCUAAGCCUGCAAUGGCAGGUCACUACUUACUUAAUAUUUCCACCUAUGGCCGGGGUUCAGAGAGCUUUAGGAGGACCCAUUCUAUAAACCCUGAAGACCGUUUUUGUCUAAGUAGUCCCACUGAAGCCUUGAAAAUGGGAUAUACAGACUGUAAGAAUGCAACAGGAGAUAGUAGCAGUGGCAAAGAAGAUGAUACUGAUGAGGAAAGUACCGGUGAUGAGCAGGACUCUGUCAUGGUGAAGGAGGAGCCUCAGGUUGCCCAGAGUUCUGGCAAAUGUGACACAAGUUCAGGACCCCACAGUAGGGAAACCCUAUCCACCAGUGAUUGCUUAGCUAACAAGAAUGUGAAGGCUGAGACACCAGGGAUUGAGCAAGCCACAUUAAGCAAGGAGAAUUACCUAUUCACUAGAGGCCAAACAUUUGAUGAAAAGACCCUAGCCAGAGAUUUAAUUCAGGCAGCACAGAAGCAAAUGGCUCAUGCGGUGAGAGGUAAGAAAAUGUGUGGCAGCCCUGAGCUUUUCAAUUCUACGGCUCUUCCUCUACCUGCAGAUAAUAGCCCCACCCAUCAGCCUCUACUCCUCCCAUCACUGCAAACCCCAAAGUUAUAUGGAAGCCCCACACAGAUAGGGCCAAGCUACAGAGGCAUGAUCAAUGUCUCCACCUCAUCUGACAUGGACCAUAACUCUGCUGUACCAGGUAGCCAGGUAUCUAGCAACGUAGGUGAUGUCAUGUCCUUUUCAGUGACUGUCACUACCAUCCCUGCUAGCCAAGCUAUGAAUCCCAGCAGUCAUGGCCAGACCAUUCCUGUUCAGGCCUUUCCUGAAGAGAACAGCAUAGAGGACACGCCUUCAAAAUGUUACUGCCGAUUGAAAGCCAUGAUCAUGUGCAAAGGUUGUGGAGCUUUCUGCCAUGAUGAUUGCAUUGGCCCCUCCAAACUGUGCGUCUCCUGCCUUGUCGUUCGGUAACGAGACUAGAGACACACUGUAAAGAUGGGGCGGGGAAGGGAAGGGUUGACCAGAUGUGUUUUGUUUUUUUUUUUUUUUUUUUUUUUUGCAUCCUUUUGGAAUCACAGAAAUAAACAAGUAGGUUUCAAUUGUCUUAAGAGACAAAUGUUACUUAAUCAGGAAUACAGAGUACAGAUCUUUUACAUUUUAGAGGAAAAGCACCUUGUAUAGUAAGUCUAAGUCAAGCAAGACUUUGUGAAUUUGUGACAAGUUUGCACUUAAGAAAUCAUGUAAAUAUGUCACAUUUUGUUUAACAUUUUUCCAAGUGUUUAGGUAAUAAUGUGUUACUUUGAAUUCAGAUUUAUGUUCCACUUCAUGUGACUCUGAGAAAAGUUUUAAUGGCAUGCAUGGUGAAAGGAAGCUGUCUCCCUUCUGAUCUUUCCUAAGCAGUCAGGAAAACAGUGACGGAAUGGUUUAAAGAAGUGACCGUUUAUGCAGAUUAUAUCUUGACAGACUGGCUGCAGGUUAUUCAUAGAUUAUUCAGCCUUUGAAGGAUUUGGAUUCAGAGUUUACUCAGUCCCUUUACCUUAGAUGGAAACUUCUUCAGCUGAAGUAUUUGAUAAGGUAUUAAUGGUUCAGAUUCUGAAAGCUCCGACUUGGUUCUUGGUUUCCCUAAACCAGUACCAUUGCCAAGCACUCUGCUUGCAGUUCAUGGAUCCCUGUUGCUCCCUGGUCCCACCCCUGCCCUGACACAGUGAAUGUAAUCUGUAAAGGGGUUGCCUCUCCAUGCUCCCCCUGUGUUGUAGCCUGUGCAGGGCAAUAAUUCCAGCAAAGAUAUCCUCACUUAAGGCAUUCAUGGGAACUUGCAGUUUUGAAAUACUAGCAUAAAAAUAGUAGAAGAGUGUUAGUGAUGAGGUAAUGUGAACUACGUGUUAUUAGGCAAGGGGAAUGAAACAGCUGAAGCUGUUGAAUUGGAUGUAAAGAACUUUGGGGAACAGUUGUAACACUAGAAACAAGGUAGCCUCUCUUUUCUUCUCCCCCAGCCCAUUACCUAAUAUUAGUUCUAUAGUCAACUGUUGUCACAGGGAGAAGCUCAUUAAUGCCACAUUUGCUUAUUAUGUUCAACCUGUUUUGACCUCCCAGGCAUCUAAGGAUGAUGACAUGAUUUUAUCUCUUAACUUUGCUACACACCUGUGUGCACAUAUGCACAGAACAUGACACUUUUUUUGUUUUAGAAAAUAUGUCCCCUGUUUUAGAUUACUGCUAUCUGCACAACAAGAAAGUUAGAAUGUAAAGGAGUUUCGGUGAAUGAAUGACUUAGGGAAUGUCUAGAAUGGAAGAAAAAUUAGCUCCAAAGUUUUGUUGUUUGUUUUUGUUUAUUUUCUUUUUUGUUUUUUAAAUCCUUUAGUAACAAUUUUUAAGUACAUAGUAUUUAGAUUAAAGAUCAUUAAAAUAAACCUUUGGUUUAUCAUAGUAUUAAAUUGGAGAGUGUCAAUUUGCAUCAUUUGCAUAUUGAUCUUAAGUCUCCCAAUUUGAAGUGUGUAAAGUAAAAACUUUAGUGCAACAUAGUACAGUUGUCUUUGUACUUAAUAGGACAUGAUGCUUACAAAGUGCAGAACAGCUUAAAUUCCUUAAUUAAACUAUAUUCUAGAUUAGGAAAAAGUAAGCAAUAGUAAUCUGGUUUUUGCCCACCCCACCCGCCACCACCUCACUGUUUUAAUGCUUUUCCAUAGUCUUUGCCCCAAAUACCAUAAGAACUUCACUUCACUAUUUGUUUAUUUUCAUUUCUGACUUUUUUUAUGGCCCAAGGCAAAUAGUAGGAUUAAUAUCUGUGCUCCAGUUUCAGACAAAACAAUAUGAUGUCCUUCCAUCUUCCCCCUUUUCUUCCAGCACACACACAGCUAAGAGAUAAGAAGGCUGCAAGAACCCAGGGAUAAAGAGUAAGUUCUCAAGCCAAGAACCAGUAGGAAACAGAUUAUGAUUGUGCUCCCAAACAUUCAGUACCCUGGGCAUUCUGAGGGGUGAGGUUAGAAAGACUUAUGGGUGAAACUCCACGCCCCACUUUAGUGUUGAGGGCUGUCUGCAUGCUGGAAGAGGUUGAUGUUUCAGAAUUGAAUCUGUGCUAAAGUCAGUUAUCAAUUUUGAUUGACUAAAGUGAUUUUACUGCUGCACUCCUUUCGUGUCAGAAAGGCUUUUCUCCAUGGUUCCCUCAAUCUGCAGAUAGACUGUAACUAGGAAGGGAGGAAAGGUGUCAGGGUUUUUCCAGGGUGUCCGUUUAGAAAGCAAACCAUAUUGUGCCUCUUCAUCUUGACCCAGGCUCUUACAGAUAGGUCCUAAGUAUUACUAUUCACCAGAUUCUCUUCAUAAAUAAUAAUGAGCUAAAUUUUUGCAUUUAGGAAUAAUAGUCCUAAAACAAAUUACCAAUUAGGUAUGCUGCCUCAAUCUUAACCAGAUGAGAGAACAGUUUUAAAUUGUUCUUAGUUUGGUAGUAAGUUGAACACCAGUCUCUUUUUCAAUUUUUUCAAAACAGUUGUUUCAAGUAGAAAGCCAUUCAUUUUAUAAGCUGGACAGAAAAAGAAUUAUAUAAUAAUCUGGCCUUCUAGAAAAUGAAGCAGUUAGGAACAAAACCUUCAAAUUAUUAUAAUAUGGUACUCCAACAGCACCUUUAAAGCAAUUUUUUAACUUAGCUUUUGAGUUGUUCAAUCUGAAAUGUUUUAUUAAGUGCUAAGCAUAUUCUUAGGGUAUUACCUGACAUUAUUUCCAGUGACCAGUCAAGCGUCAUUCCUGAUGCACAUGCCUCUAGUCUUGUCUAGCCAUCAGAUUACCCACCUUCUGCUGCAGGUCACCUCAGGAGAUAGCAUUAACUAUAUAUCAUCUCAGUCUUAUAAAUAUUCUAAGUUGUCUAGUAGAGAAGACUCUGAAUCUUAAAGAAUUUUCUUUAGUUAAAAUUCUUCAUUCUAUUCAACAGAAAGUAAAGUCGAAUAACCUGGAGUUGUUUGCCCUACUUCUGUUCCCUUAAAUCCUGUGCUCAAGAUACUGGAGCUAUCUGUGGUAUUCCGUGUACCAUUUUUAAGAAUAAGUGCUGGUCGAUGGGAAAUUAUUCUUGGCAUGGAGGAGGAAGCAUAUUUAAGUGGAUUGUGAAGGCACACAGAUGUAUGAGUUUUAGAUUUUUAUCUGAGAUAUAAAUAGCCAAAAGAAGACCUCAUUGCCUUCCAGGUGAAGGUGUGAAGUCAUACAUGUUAAUGACCUGACAGUUAACAUUCUGUUGGCUUAUUAUUGCCUUUCUAUACCUUACAGAGCGCAAUAGAGCUUUCAGGGAAAAUGAUUUGUUAUAAUGAGGGAGGUCUCUUCUUGUCUCAUUACAUUGCUAUUUAUUUCUAGAACUCACUGUAAAUGAGCAGCACUAGAGUGGUUUUCUCUUUGACGCAAAGGUUUCACGGCAUAGCAAGGAGGGAAAGUCUCCCCAUUGCAUUACAACAGUAUGCGAAGUAAAAAACUUGGCAAAGGGUAGUUUUCAGCUCAGUUUAUAGAAUAGUCCAAAGAGACUUUGAGAAACAUGAUGAUAGGCAGGGACCUUUCCUACCAUGUUUCAGUACCUACACACCUAUUGAAAGAAAACAGUAGGUAAAACAUUUCCUAAAGUUGAAGCAAUAGCUUCAUAGAUUCUUGGUUACAUUAUUUUUUUUAAUGCUUUACAUUUGAUACAACUAUUAAAGAUCAAUUUUAAAAAUAGCUUUCCAGUAAUAUAUUUUAAGUAAUAUAUAUUUUAAUAUCUAUGUAAAAAGUGACAGUGGAAGACUUUGAAUCUCUCAUAUAUGGUAUGUUUAAUGUAGGACCUCACUGUUAAGGCACAAAUUAUUUCAAAGGAAGUUACUCUAAAGACACUCAGAUUAUUUCCAAAAAAAAAAAAAAAAUGCAAUAAGGGGAGUAGUUUGGGGGGGUUAUUUUUUAUUUUAAAAGAAAAUUGACUUAUUUACCACAAGCUAUUUUUUUCCCUUCUGGCUAUAAGGUUUGUACAGACUGGUUUGGUAAUUGCUAAACUUUUGUGUCUUUUGCCUUUUUAAAGGAAUUGUUAACAUUGGAAUUGAGGGUAUGUACAGAGAAGUUGGUGUCAACACCAUUUAAAAAGUCAUAUUUUUUCACAAAUAGAGAAAAAAAUCAUUUUACAUAAGAAUUUUAAGUAUUUGCAAUAAAUAUAUGUAUAUAGAUUGUAUGUAUUCCUUCCUAUAUUCUUAUUUUUCAUUUUAUUAUUAAGUAAAUGAUCAUUAAAAGUGAAAAUAAAAAUCUUGGAGUUUUUGGUGAAUCUUGAGGUCUGACACAUCUGAGAGUGGCAUGGGGAAGGGCCCUCAGUUACUGCCUUAUACCACAAUGGGAAAGAUAACCACAGAUUAUAUGGAAGAGAGUGAACCAAGGAAUUUCAAACCAGGGUAGUGUAUUUCUUUUAGAACUUAAGUAAAAAUAUGAUUAAAUUUU